CCCAGGGCCUUGGUCUAAUAGUUGGCCGGCUAGUAGAUUCCACUAAAACGAUCUCGUAUGUAGGCCUAGCUCCCAACGGGGACCCGCUCCCAAGUAGCCUACAAAGUCGGUCGACAGUCGGCAGACUUCUUUCACCGCUAGGCCAAGGCCACGUUACUCGGCGGGAGACCACUCUGUUCGUCCAUUUGCUUGCAGGUGUCUGUGGGAACUACCAGCGGACAGCGGUGAGUCAAGUCGCCUGCUUUAUGCCCUCUUUCCAAUUUGACUUGAGAAAGGGCUUUGCUGUACGUACAGCAGAUACAUUCAAUCUAAUCAUGCUGAGCCGUAUCCCAAAACCUGCGCAGUUGGCCGCCCGUAACGUGGCUCAGGCCUUGAGGGAACACUCCACCAAACCUGCUGCUGCUGUCGGACCUGUCAAAAUUGGGAACCAGUCUGAGCAAGUCUUUUCAAGAGAGGACAAGUUCGGUGCCCAUAACUACCAUCCCAUGCCAGUUGCUUUGGAAAAAGCCAAAGGUGUGUUUGUGUGGGACGUGGAAGGCAACAAGUACUACGACUUCCUCAGUGCCUACAGCGCUGUCAACCAGGGGCACUGCCACCCCCGCAUUAUUGGCGCUCUCAAGAAACAGGCGGAUGUUCUUACCUUGACCUCUCGGGCUUUCUACAACACGUGCCUGGGGGAGUAUGAAGAGUUCAUCACGAACUUGUUUGGCUAUGACAAAGUCCUUCCCAUGAACACAGGUGUUGAGGGAGGUGAAACUGCCUGUAAACUGGCAAGGAAGUGGGGCUACGAGGUGAAGAACAUCCCAGAAAACCAGGCCAGGAUCAUUUUUGCUGAUGGAAACUUCUGGGGCCGUACACUUGCAGCCAUCUCCUCCUCAACAGAUCCAUCUAGCUACACUGGGUUUGGUCCCUUCAUGCCAGGUUUCUCCAUCAUUCCGUACAAUGACACUGAGGCUCUGGAGAAAGAACUCCAGGAUCCAAAUGUGUGUGCUUACAUGUUUGAACCCAUCCAAGGGGAGGCCGGCGUGGUGGUUCCCGAUGAGGGCUACCUGACCAAGGUGCGGGAACUCUGCACAAAGUACAAUGUACUUAUGAUCGCAGAUGAGGUGCAAACGGGUCUGGCACGUACAGGAAGGCGCUUGGCAUGUGACCAUGAGAAUGUGCGGCCGGAUCUUGUGGUUUUGGGAAAAGCUCUCUCUGGUGGAGUCCUUCCUGUAUCUGCCAUUCUUGCUGAUAAUGAAGUUAUGUUGACCAUUAAGCCCGGCGAACACGGUUCAACAUUUGGCGGGAACCCCCUGGCUUGCAAAGUGGCUAUUGAAGCUCUGAAGGUAUUGGAAGAGGAGAAGUUGGCAGAGAAUGCUGAACGUCUUGGUCAAAUUCUGCGUACUGAACUGUCUAAGUUGCCAAAAGAUAUCGUCAGUGUUGUGCGGGGGAAGGGACUGCUUGAUGCUAUUGUUAUCAAUGUUGGUCAUGAUGCCUGGGAUGUGUGUCUGAAGUUGCGAGACAAUGGACUGAUUGCAAAGCCUACCCAUGGAGACAUCAUUCGUUUUGCCCCACCCUUGACAAUCAACGAACAGCAGUUGUACGAGUGUAUUGAGAUUAUUUCUAGGGUUGUUAGUUCUUUCAAAUAGAUGAGAUCUGAGCUGAGCUCUCUAUGACUCAUGACUUGCGAGCAAAAGCAAAGACCUAGCUCAGUUAAGAAUGUUGACAUGUUCUUUACAUGAUGUUGGCCUACACAGGUUGCAACUGGGGGGGAAAAAAAAACGUGUUCAGAAGUGAUAGAAAAUGAAACCAACGUUCCUGGGGUCUUGAUUGUUUUGACAAAUCAAUCUAGCUUGUACAGCUCACAGGCUGGUUUUUUUUCUGGAUUUGGCAGAUAAUUUUUACAGCUUUAACUUAAAAAAUUUGAUGUAUGGAAUUCAUUCACAGACAUAUCUGUAAUUUGUGAUGUUUUACUGUAGUGUUUAUAUAUGAUCAAAUUGAAGAACAAAAAUGUUCAGCAACCAUUGACAUACAGGAAACAAAAAGUUUUGGUUGUGGUACAAUUAGGCGUCAUCAUGUUGUAUGUUCUUGAACACAAUGUGGACAUUGUCCACCAAAUCUCAGUAUGUGAUGCCAUUUUUGAGCUUUAUUUUAUGGGGAUAGCCCUCUGUCACCCACUCUCUUUCUUUGUUGUCAGAAUGCUCUUCAUCAUCUCUUUGUCUUUAGAUUUUAUAUUUAUGUAGGAUGUGGGAACGUAUUAUGGAAUAUUAUAAUUUUGGAAGAUUCACAAGAACAGUAAUAGUGUCAAUUUUUAAAUAAAUGUUAUGGGUAUUAUUCGCAAUUAGAAAUUUUUCUGAGAUCUUUCUGUUGAAACAGGUGAUAAUUUUAUCAACCAUUGUACCUUUGUUUCCUUUUACUUUUGCUCUGAAAGGAGCAUUAUGCAGCUAAAUGAAUUUUUCUCUUUAGUGGUUGCACCAACAGAUAGUAAUUUUAACUGUAAAAAAAAGACUAAAUAUGAUUUUUUUUUUCACUUGCCUGCCUGUGAUAAUGGAAAGCUUUUUGAAAAAGAUAGUUUGAUAUCUUUCAUGAUGGAAGACUGAACAGACCUUUCAUUGUGUGUUCAAAUUUACAAGAAGUUUAAAGCCAUACUUACAGGGCUGCAUUUAGAGUGCUGUACAUAAUUUAUUGUUGUUGUUUGUGCUAACUAGGAGUAUUUUUCCUGUUUUAAUGUGGGUGUUUGGUUCCAAAAUACUCAUAGCACUCGGCUCUCAUUGCAAGGCUUGUGUUUUCUUCUGAAUUUUCAUGUGCAAAUUAAUUGUUGGUUGAAAAUCAACAUUCCCUCUUCUAGAAAUUAAAUUGAAUAAUAAGAUGGUUAAUGAGAAUGUACUUUGAGUUUACAUCUUUAGUAUCCUUUUUAAAAAAAAGAACCUUGUGAUGUUACGUUUGUUUACAUGUUUGCUGAAAACUUACAAAGAAUGCUUUAAAAUGUUUUCUCCCCAAGCUAAAUUGACAAUGAUUUUUAUGAUCCCUUUUCUUGUCAGUCUUAUCAGUAUUCAGUUAAAUGAGAUUUACAGAGCUAAUUUACAAAUGGUACUCUUUUUUUCAUACUGGAAUUCCGUAUAAAUCUUUCAUGUGUGUACUUCAAUUACCAAUUUGUGUUGAUUUAUGCACAAGCAGUCAAUGUGUCUUUUUGAACAUUUCCUGCAGUGUUGGAGAUCACUGUAGGUUUAGGUGGUACCUUUGAUAACUGUGCUUUUUGUUUUUGUUGGUCGCUUUAGGCAUGAUUUAAAUUUGUUGAAUAAAUUGUGUCUCCCCCCUCCCUCGUAUAAAUGGUGUUCAGGAGGAAUUUUCAUUUGUUGUUGCACUUGUGAGUCCAUUUUGGUAAAACUUUUUGUCUUUGUCCUACCAUCGGUUGUCUUUAUUCUACCAGCUCCUUUUUAUGCAGCUCUCUGGCUAGUGCUAAGUUCUCAAAUUGUGUAUAUCCAGCACUGCUGGUACCAUGCCUAUUGAUCGUUUCAAGUGAGGUAUUUUGUCAUAAUGUUUUAAAAAACCUAUUAUUCUUCCAUUUUGUGCUCUCUGCUGGGCAUUGUAGGUACUGAAUCCUCUUGGUUCAGUUUGUUCAAGUCAGCAUCUCUAGUACAGUCAAGUUUGUUGUUGGACUCAAGUGUCUAUAUUUAGGCAGUUCUAGUCUUUAGUGCCCAAGAGUGCCGUGCACACAUGAUUGUUCUUGGCACUGUUGCUGUAUUGUCAGAUAAUUCCAAUAUCCAACAGUAGAGAUGUGGACGAGAUCAAUACUAAAACUAAGUAUGUAUCACGCCUAUUGUGCCAGAAAGAUUGUCACAUGUCCUACUUGUGUUGGUUGGUUUACAUCUUUGUUGUUGCUUUUGUGCUUGUGUGCAUUUUGAGUUUACUUUGGGGUGGGGAUGUGUCUGUAAAAACAUGUUAUGAAUCCUCAUACUCAUACAUGUUUUACUCACUCAUAAUUUAGGAGUGACAAUGGCUGUUUAUGUUAGUUAAGUUGGCAUCACGCUGGGCCACAGGUGCUUCUUAUCCAGGUUUUAAUUUCUAUCUACAAGGCAUUCUUGACCUCGUGUGAGUUUUCUUGGCUUUUAACGCACUUGGCCUGGGCAAUUAUAAUACUAAACCUGGACACUCCCCCACCACCAGGCCCCCUCGGCAUGUUGAGAAUGUGACAUCCGAUCUUUGUGUUUGUUGUUCAGAGCUUCCCUUAAUUUGCACUUCACAGUCUCACAUGGUCUGUGGUUCCAUCAGUUUUUCUAAAUUGACUCGCUGUAUCUUUCUUACAUGAUGGCACAUUAAAUUAGACUUGGACUUGAGUUUAAAAAAACUUUGGAAUCUCAGGAUCAAUAAACUUGUGAAGUUUGGCACUCAAUUCUUCCACUGGCUAAGUUGGCCAACUUUCAUCUUCAAAAUAACUUCACAAAGCUGAAACAGAUUACAGCCCCGAGGAUUGUUGCAAUUUCCUGAAUUUUGUGGUAGGAUCACAUAAGUCAAACUCUCUCUGGUCACCUGUUCAGUAUCAGAUGUUUUGAUGGUCCCUCAUUUUUUGUUGAUAAAUUAAUUUUAUUUUGCACACUUGAUCUAUAAGAGUUGCUUUAAAUCUACAUACCUUUGGCUCAUUAAAGUGAUUGAAACCUCGC